AGAUCCCGCCGGCAAAGGUUCUUGUUAUCGGCGCUGGCGUUGCCGGGCUGAGUGCCAUUGUCACGGCCCGGCGGCUGGGCGCCAUCGUGCGCGGGUUCGACACGCGGUCUGCUGCGCGGGAGCAGGUGCAGUCGCUCGGCGCAGAGUUCAUCGAAGUAGAGAUGAAGGAAGAUGGAUCUGGUGGCGGCGGUUACGCGAAAGUGAUGUCGAAAGAAUUCAUCGCUGCAGAGAUGGCACUGUUCAAGGAGCAAGCACGAGAUGUGGACAUAAUCAUUACCACUGCUCUCAUUCCAGGGAAGCCUGCACCGAAACUGAUCACGAACGACAUUCUUUCCGUGAUGAAACCGGGAUCAAUUGUUGUGGAUCUGGCUGCAGAGGCAGGCGGAAACUGUGAGGCUACCAAACCAGGCGAGCUAUAUGUGCACAAUGGUGUCUCGAUAAUCGGGUAUACGGAUCUACCGUCUCGUUUGCCCACGCAAUCGUCGGUGCUCUACUCCAACAACGUGACCAAAUUCCUGUUGUCCCUCGGUGGAGAUGGUCAGUUCUUGCUCAACCUUGAGGACGAAGUCGUGCGGGGGGCCAUCGUUACCCACGAAGGACAAUUACUGCCUCGAGUCGCGCCUGCUCCACCGCCGAUCCCGACUAUCCCUCCCACCGCCAAAGCCGAGGAGAUCAAGGUAGCGAUAACGCCUUGGCAGAAGACUUCGCGUGAAGUCGCCGUGGUCACAGGUGGAAUGGCGGGAGUGAUUUCUCUGGGGAAAGCGACCGGGACUGCGUUCAUGGACAACUUCUUCACUUUUGGUCUGGCUGCACUCGUGGGCUACCGUGUCGUCUGGCAGGUCGCGCCAGCACUGCACUCCCCGCUCAUGAGCGUUACGAAUGCCAUUUCUGGAAUGGUCGGUAUCGGGGGCCUGUUUGUCAUGGGCGGUGGAUAUCUGCCAGGGACCAUCCCUCAGGCACUGGGUGCGAUAUCGGUCCUUCUAGCCAGUGUCAAUGUUGCGGGAGGAUUCAUCAUCACUAAGCGCAUGCUGGACAUGUUCAAACGAAGCACCGAUCCGCCCGAGUACUCGUGGCUGUAUGGCCUUCCCGCGGUGGCAAGUCUGUCUUUGCGAUUCGUGCCUUCAUCUACUUAUCGAGAACAGGUCUUCACCGGUGGAUUUUUGGUUGCCGCAAGCACGGGAAUGGCUGGAUUGGUACAGGCAGGCUACCUGACAUCAUCCGUCCUCUGCAUUGGAUCCCUUUCUGGCCUCGCUUCUCAGGCCACUGCGCGGCAGGGGAAUGCAUUGGGCAUGCUUGGAGUGGGAUCCGGAAUCCUUGCCUCCCUUGCCGCCGUUGGAUUUCCCGCGCCUGUGCUGAUGCAGUUCGCUGGAGUGACGGGCAUCGGAGCGGCCAUUGGGGCUGUGAUCGGCCGUCGUAUCACUGCUACAGAGUUGCCGCAGAUGGUGGCCAUGCUCCACAGCGUCGUUGGACUGGCGGCUGUCCUUACUUCAAUCGGCAGCAUCCUGAGCGAUCCGUCUCAUAUAUCGACGCUGCAUCUGGUCACUGGUUAUGUGCGUCUGUCGAGUCUGAGCUCGCUGCCACGAGGCUGAAUGGUUGUCAGCUUGGUGUGGUAGUCGGCGGCAUC